AUGAUUAUUAGUGGAACUUGUGAUCUUCCAGCUAAAGCUUUAUUUAUGAAUAUUCAGCAAUACAAUGGAAGAAACGACUGUCCUAAUUGUGAAAUCGAAACAAAAAGAAUCGAUAAUCACCAAAUGUACCCGUUUCUCGAUCGUGGCAGUAUAAGGACAACAGAAAAAACAAAAACUUAUGCUAAACAAGCUAUUGAAACGAAUACUCCUUUUCUUGGUGUAAAGGGCUUUUCUCCAUUAAGUUUAAAUUUACCAAUUUUAAAAGAUAUCAUGGACAAAAGAUAUUUUGAGCAUCACAAACUCUUAGUUCAUGCACUAACUCUUUUAAAUUUUUUAAGCACUGAUGACGAAAUGAUUGAGUUAUCGAGGCGUUUAUUGUUCGAGUAUGUAAAAAGGUAUGAAGUUUUAUAUGGCAAAAAGUAUAUGGUUUAUCCAGUAGCUAAAGCGAUCCGCCGACAAGAGAGCACCAGUGGUGCUACCCUUACAUGUGGUCAAAGGGACACUGGCCAGCUGGGACUAGGAGAGGAAGUUCUAGAAAAAACAAGAUUCACGGAAGUCUCGAAAUUAAAAGAUGUUAUUUCCGUGGCUGGUGGAGGAAUGCACAACAUAAUCCUCACCAAUGAUAGUUGCGUUGCAACCUUUGGUUGUAACGACGAGGGGGAAUUAGGAAGAGACAUUACAGAGUGUGGAGAAGCUACCCCGGGAUUUGUAGAGUUGCCUGCGCGGGCUAUACAAGUAACCGCAGGUGAUUCACACAGUGCCGCUCUCCUUGAAGAUGGGAGGGUUGAUUGUUGGGGAGCAUUUCGGGAUUCACAUGGAACUUUGGGGUUGAUCACUAGAAAAAAAGAAGAUACUCCAAUUGAAAUACUUCCAAACAUAAAAUUUUUGAAAAUAGCAUCUGGAUCAGACCAUAUCGUGCUCCUGAAUAACACUGGGACAGUGUUCACACUUGGAUGUGCUGAGCAGGGCCAGCUCGGCAGAGUUUCAGUAAGAAAAUUGGACCGACACAGUAGACGGGGAAAGUACCAACUCCUCACCCCAGAGCAAGUCUACUUCAACAUAAAAAAAAAUAUCAUUAUUAGAAAUAUUUGGGCUGGUAGCUUUUAUACGUUCACCAAAGCAGGAAAUAGUGACCUGUAUGUUAGCGAACUGAACAAUUAUAACCAGAUCGGUCUUAAAGGAUGUGAUAAAACCUUACAUCCGAAGGUUUCACACACAUUCAGCAGACACAGAUGGAUGCAAAUUAGCUCAGGUCAGCAUCACACAGUUGCUGUGAACGAUCAAGGACAAGUUUAUACAAUCGGGCGUAAGGAAUACGGAAGAUUAGGCCUUGGAAGCCUAUGCGAGGAUGCUCAGGAGCUGAUUCCAGUGCCCAAGCUGGAAAACUUAAAGUGUAUUGACGUGGCAGCUGGUACUGCACAGUCGUUUGCCGUCACAAAUACUGGAACACUCUAUGCCUGGGGCAUGGGCUCGGAAGGUCAGUUGGGAACUGGUAAAGAGGAAGAUAUAUACGAGCCUGAAUUAAUCAAUUCAAAACACGUCAAAGAUGCAAUCGUCCUCCAGGUAUCUGGAGGAGGGCAGCACACGAUAAUUUUAGUAAAAAAACCACAUUCUUCGUUAAUAUAA